AUGUCUUCAGCUGAAUAUACAAUUGGUGGGGUGAAGAUUAACUUUCCUUAUAAAGCUUAUCCAUCACAGCUUGCUAUGAUGAAUUCUAUUGUCAGAGGAUUAAACAGUAAGCAGCACUGUUUAUUGGAGAGCCCCACAGGGAGUGGGAAAAGCUUAGCCUUACUUUGUUCUGCUUUAGCAUGGCAGCAGUCUCUUAGUGGGAAGCCAGUGGAUGAAAGCUUAAGAAAGAAAACUGAAGUACCAUUGUCAUGUUGUUGUACGUGCCAUUCAAAGAAUUUUGCAAACAGUGAUGUGCACCAGCGAACUUCGUAUCAUUUCAGCCCUCCAAGUACACCACCUUCUGAAAGAAAUGGCACUUUGUCAGGUUCUCAAGACUCUCCUGAAAAAACUACACUGGCUGCAAAGCUAUCUGCUAAGAAGCAGGCAUCUAUGUACAGAGACGAAAAUGAUGAUUUUAAAGUAGAAAAGAAAAGAAUUCGACCCUUGGAAACCGCACAGCAGAUCAGAAAACGUCAUUGUUUUGAGAAGGAGGUACACCAUUUGGAUGCAAAAGUUGCUUCAGGAAAGACCACAAAACUCAACUCUCCAUUAGGAAAGAUAAACUCCACAUCUCCACAGAAUCCCCCUGGUCACUGUUGUGGGUGCUGUUCUACUAAACAAGGAAACAGUGAAGAUUCUUCAAAUACCACUAAGAAGGAUCAUGGGGGGAAGUCCAAGAUACCCAAAAUAUACUUUGGGACACGCACACACAAGCAGAUUGCUCAGAUUACUAGAGAGCUCCAGAGAACAGCGUACUCAGGGGUCCCGAUGACUAUUCUUUCCAGCAGGGAUCAUACUUGUGUCCAUCCGGAAGUAAUAGGUAACUUCAACAGAAAUGAAAAAUGCAUGGAAUUGCUGGAUGGGAAAAAUGGAAAAUCCUGCUAUUUUUAUCACGGUGUUCAUAAAAUUAGUGAUCAACACACAUUACAGACUUUCCAAGGGAUGCACAAGGCCUGGGAUAUAGAAGAACUUGUCAGCUUGGGGAAAAAACUAAAGGCAUGUCCAUAUUACACAGCACGAGAGCUAAUGCAAGAUGCUGACAUAAUAUUUUGUCCCUACAACUAUCUUCUAGAUGCACAAAUAAGAGAAACUAUGGAGAUCAAUCUGAAAGAACAGGUUGUCAUUUUAGAUGAAGCUCAUAACAUUGAGGACUGUGCUCGGGAGUCAGCAAGUUACAGUGUAACGGAAGUUCAGCUUCGGUUUGCUCGGGAUGAACUAGAUAGUAUGAUUAACUAUAAUAUAAGGAAGAAAGAUCAUGAACCCCUACGAGCUGUGUGCUGCAGCCUCAUUAAUUGGUUAGAAGCAAGCUCUGAACAUCUUGUGGAAAGGGAUUAUGAAUCAUCUUGUAAAGUAUGGAGUGGAAGUGAAAUGCUCUUAAAUUUACACAAAAUGGGCAUCACCACUGCUACUUUUCCCAUUUUGCAGGGACAUUUUUCUGCUGUCCUUCAAAGAGAAGAAAAAGUCCCAUCAAUUCAUGGUAAAGAGGAGGCAAGAGAAAUACCUGUUAUUAGUGCUUCAACUCAAAUAAUGCUCAAAGGACUUUUUAUGGUGCUUGACUAUCUUUUUAGGCAAAAUAGCAGAUUUGCAGAUGAUUAUAAAGUCGCUAUUCAACAGACUUACUCUUGGAUAAAUCAGACUGAUACUACAGAUAAAAAUGGAUUCUUGAUUGUAUCAAAAAAUAAGAAACGUUCACGGCAGAAAGCAGCAGUUCGUGUGCUAAAUUUUUGGUGCUUAAAUCCAGCUGUGGCCUUUUCAGAUAUUAAUGGCAAGGUUUGGACAAUUGUUUUGACAUCUGGGACAUUAUCACCAAUGAAAUCCUUUUCAUCAGAACUUGGUGUUACAUUUACUAUUCAAUUAGAGGCUAAUCAUGUCAUUAAUAACUCACAGGUUUGGGUUGGCACCAUUGGGUCAGGGCCCAAGGGUCGCAAUCUCUGUGCUACCUUCCAGCACACGGAAACAUUUGAAUUCCAGGAUGAAGUGGGAGCACUUUUGUUAUCUGUGUGCCAGACUGUUAGCCAAGGAAUUUUGUGUUUCCUGCCAUCUUACAAGUUAUUAGAAAAGUUAAAAGAACGUUGGCUCUCUACUGGUUUAUGGCAUAAUCUGGAGUUGGUGAAGACAGUCAUUGUAGAACCACAGGGAGGAGAAAAAAUUGAUUUUGAUGAAUUACUGCAGGUGUACUACGAUGCAAUCAAGUACAAAGGAGAAAAAGAUGGAGCCCUCCUGGUGGCAGUUUGUCGUGGUAAAGUGAGUGAGGGUCUGGAUUUCUCGGAUGAUAAUGCCCGUGCUGUCGUAACAAUAGGAAUUCCUUUUCCAAAUGUGAGAGAUCUUCAGGUUGAACUAAAGAGACAGUAUAAUGAUCAGCAUUCAAAAUUAAGAGGUCUUUUACCAGGUCGUCAGUGGUAUGAAAUUCAAGCAUACAGGGCCUUAAACCAGGCCCUUGGUAGGUGUAUUCGACACAAGAAUGAUUGGGGGGCUCUUAUUCUAGUGGAUGACCGCUUCAGGAGUAACCCAAGUCGAUACAUAUCUGGACUUUCUAAAUGGGUUCGACAGUUGAUUCAGCACCAUUCAACCUUUGAGAGUGCACUGGAGUCCUUGGCUGAAUUUUCCAAAAAGCACCAAAAGGUCAUUGCUGUGUCCAAAGAAGACAGAAAAUCUAUACAGGACAAUGAGUCUACACUUGGAGUGGCUUGUUCGAAGGAUAGUACCUAUUUUUUAGAAGCAGCAAGCCAUUUAUCACCAGAAUAUGCUAUGGAAGAUGAUCCAGAAUUAUUAGAAGAGUCUGCCCAGGCAGUAGGAGCAGAAAGAAUUGUGAUUUCCAGAUCCACAAGCCCAACCUUCAGCAAACAAACAGACCGAGUUAGCUGGUCUGGCAGUAAUAUGGGGGGACAGUAUCUCACUGGUAAAAUUCUGACUGGAACCCCUGUGGUUAGGUCAUCAGAGGAUUGUGCCUCUACUUCUUCCACUUUCAAAACAGAAAAGAAAUGUGAAACAGUUUUGCCACUCACUGAUAAAUAUGAGUCCUCAUCUCUGACAGUAGAUACAUCAUUUGGAGCAUGCCCUCAAUCAGAAACCAUUGUUCCAUCUGCAAGCGUUGAUGCUACUAAUCUGAAUUCCAAAGAUCCAGCAAUUCAGUUGUCUGUAGUAAGUGAAGAAGCUGAACCUCCUGCUUCAAAUACAGCUUCUGAAACAGAAGCAGAUGAGUCUAUCUAUUUUACACCUGAACUUUAUGAUCCUGUAGAUACAAGUGAAGAGAAGAAUGAACUAGCUGGAGCUGAGAGAGACAAUAGAUUGACUAAUAGUUCAAACUGCAUUUUAAUUGAAGAUCUUUUUGAAAUUAAAACUACAAAAGGAGUGGAUUCAGUCAGAGAAAUGAAAGCUGAGGACCAAAGUUGA